CGCGCUGAAAUAGUUUACUAUUUACGGGCAUAUUUGAGCAUGAAUAAAAUUGUGGUCAAGGGGAGGCAACUCUGAAUAUGAUACUCUUUCAAGAUGGAUGCGCCCAUGGUUGACAAACAGUGUCGGAAUCAAGGCAUUGACAACUAAACAAUGCACCUUUUGAGAAACUUCUAAAGAAUGCACAAUGAGUGAAAAUCUGGAGGAAAGUGAUUGGAGCAGUGAUGCAGCUAAUGGCUUUCAGAAAGAAGACGAGACUUUUGAUGAAGAUGUGGACACCUAUUAUUUUGAAUCUGAUCAUGUUGCAUUGAAAGGAAACCCAGACUAUCAUACACUAUUGAAGACAAUCAUUUUGUUGGAGUCUCAAAGAAUUCAAGCUUUGAAGGAUUUAGACAAAUUGCAUAAAUGUCAAGCAGAAGCUCUAAAAUAUCCAAUAGCAUUUGUGGAAAAACUUCAGAGUGGCACAGACAUUGGAUUUCCAAGACGUCAACAAGUUGCCACUAUCCCUAAUCUCAACUGGGAAAAGUACACAAAAAAUGUUGACUUUUCAUCAUUGGGUUUGCCAAAGCAUAUGACAAGACUCAAGAGACAGCUUGUUGAAGGCAGUCCAGAUAGUGAUCAAAUGCCUGGAAGUUCUGGUGGGUCUGAAUCACAAGUGACUUUGGUGAGAGGCCGAUUGAAAGAUGAUAGUAAAUCAGCAACGUUUAAUAAGCUCUGGAAUGUGGAGGAACAGAAAAGGUUAGAGAACUUGCUGAUUCAGUACCAACCUGAGGAAGUGGAGGCCAGGCGAUGGCAAAAAAUUGCAGCAGCACUUGGAAACAGAACACCACAACAGGUGGCAAGUCGGGUGCAGAAAUACUUCAUCAAGUUGGCUAAGGCUGGUUUACCUAUUCCAGGGAAGUUGCCUAAUCUUGCCACACAUUCAAAAAAGUCAGCUCAUCGCCACCAUCGGUUCCAUAAGUUUUACCACCAGCAGUCCACAUUCCUCUCUUCCCAUGAGCCACCUGUGUACAUGUCCGACGACGAAUCAAAAGAUGACUUCAUGUGUGACGAUUCUAGUAACAUCGUUCCCGACACAUAUACCCCGGACAUUUCUGAUGACGAGAGUGUGCCAUCAGAUUUGAGGGAGUCAGAUGAAUACAAAGAACUAAUGAGACUUAAACGUCUCCGUGUGGAAACAGUUCAGGGCAGGAAUGGGAUUCCUCCUCAACAUAUUGGUUUUAAGUGUGACCGUUGCCAGUGUGAACCCAUUGUUGGCACCAGGUGGCACUGUACUGACUGUGUUCUGGAAGAAGCUGUGGACUUUUGUGACAUGUGUGUGGAGAGUAAUUUUGAAACCAAGAAACACAACUCUAGUCAUCGAUUAAAACCAAUCAGUGUGCCAGAAACAGCAGCAUUGGUGGACACAGAUUACACAACCUUCACGCCAGGAGACUACAAUUACCUAGACUCCAACUACAUGCCUGCUAACUGAUGGAUGUCUAGCUGAAUGUUACCAUAAUGGAUACACGACCACGGAUGUCUAGCUGAAUGUUACCAUAAUGGAUACACGACCACUGAUGUCUAGCUGAAUGUUACCAUAAUUGAUACACGACCAUGGAUGUCUAGCUGAAUGUUACCAUAAUUGAUACACGACCACUGAUGUCUAACUGAAUGUUACCAUAAUUGAUACACGACCAUGGAUGUCUAGCUGAAUGUUACCAUAAUUGAUACACGACCACUGAUGUCUAACUGAAUGUUACCAUAAUUGAUAUACGACCACUGAUGUCUAACUGAAUGUUACCAUAAUGGAUACACGGCCACUGAUGUCUAGCUGAAUGUUACCAUAAUGGAUACACGGCCACUGAUGUCUAACUGAAUGUUACCAUAAUUGAUACACGACCACUGAUGUCUAACUGAAUGUUACCAUAAUUGUUACAUGAUCAAUAUUUCAAUACUUGAAACUGACAUUGAGGAUUGUCCUCUCUGGGAACAAAAGAUAAACGCUACCAGAAAGCAUGAAAAAAUGAGGCACUUUGAUAUUUUGAAUAACUGUGAAAGAAUUUCGCACGUUUCAUUGUUUUUUGUCCUUCAAUGAAUAUAUGACUUGAUUAUAAACAUGUUCUUUAUGACA